GUGCUGCUCCACGCACACGUACUUCGCACUUUAGUGGCAGACGUGACACUCCAUUUGUUUUCGUCGUGUAGUCGCGUAACCGCUUGCGUGGUGAAUGUUUAGCGAUUACACGGAACGAGAUACUCUUUCUGAUCGACCUGUCUCUAACGAAGGAAACGAGAGAGAAAAGGAAAGAACGAAGGUGUAUUAGGUGAAAAAGAGAGAGACGGGUAAAAGGAGUGAGCGGGUGCAUAUCACCCGGGCAGAGAGCGAUGGCGAGAUUGGUGAAUGUUUGGCGGGACGAUAAGCCGAUGGAACUAUUUGUCAAUCAAAUGCUAUUGAAUAUCGACGAAAACCUGACGAUGAUUAUGGAUAUAAAACGUUUAGGAGCAAUCUGUGAUAAUCCUGUAAUUCGUGGAAAACAUUUGACUGAGUUUAUCAAAAAAUUGGAAAUACUUACAAAGGAAGAGAUUAAGGCAUCCUUUGAAGUCUCCUGUAAGGACAUGCUUGCUAUUUUAAGUGAAACUGUGCCGUGUGUAGGUUGUCGAAAGAGUGUCGAGAGACUAUUAUAUGAUUUAAUAAAAUCGGGGCAUCCUGCAUUAGAUCCACUGGUUAUUACUCCUGAUGGUCUGCUUUCUAUUAAGGAUGAUGUACUGGAGUCACCUGAGCAACUUUGCACAAUAUUACAUGGGCACAGCACUAGGCUAAGUAACUUAGUGGAGCAGCAACCAAGAAAUAGGAAAUCUCAACGAUGUAUAUUGCAUUCUUUGGAAAUUCAACGAAUGCGACCUCCACCAAAUGCAUGGAGGGAAGUGUGGGAGUGUAUGGAAUAUCCCUGCCAAGAGGAACUCGCAUUGAUAGAAGCUGAGACGCUGAACGAGACAUUGGAUACUUAUCUACGUAAACAUAGGUUUUGUGGCGAAUGCCGUAACAAGGUAUUAUUAGCGUCCUCUCUUCUAACGAGUGAAUCCAAUCCUGAAAAGGAAAAAGGCUAUGUACCUAUUUUGUAUGCUGGUAUCAGACGUUGUGUAGCUGAUCGCCAUAUUCACUUACCAACCAUAAUCGAUUACAUCGAUGCCAUCAUCAGUCGCGCACAGCCGGAACUUUUGGGAAGAGAGCGACAUGCGAAAACGCUAGAAAUUGCUCAAGAGGAAGUACUUACGUGUUUAGGUGUGUGUAUAGCGGAACGUAUACACAAAGUCCAUCGACGGCUGAGAGAAGAGGAAACUGUGUGUAAAGUAUUAGCCGCUGUCGCAGUAGAUGCAUUGUCUAGGAGUUUUCGGAUGGCGGUCGAGGCGAAACAAGGUGCCACGCAGUUAGAACUGUUGUACGAGGAAUUUACGAGGGAAGAAGUGGCGAAACAGCAGAAGCGUGAGAAAUUGCGGCUCAAACGUAGAAAGCAGAAAGAACGUCGUUAUGAAGCUGAAGCCGAGGAGAAGGAAAAUACCUGUGAUUGUUCGAGUGAAAGACAUACUGGUGAUAGCCAAUCCUCCUGUGUCUGUGCAGAGUCAAAACCAACGACGCAGAAUAUCGACCGACACAAGUUGCAAGUUUUAGAUCCGAAAAACAAAGGUGUGCGGAUGUGUAAGUGUCUCGAUUGUUUAAACAAGACGAAAACACUUGGUAUAUCACAAUCGCCAAGUAAAGCCGAACGAGCAUUCCCUGUAAAAAAGACUGAGAGUCCACAAAAGACUAUAGCGAAGGAUUCUGCUGAAACGAAAACGAAAUCUAUCGCAAACGAGUCUAAGCAAAGUAGUAGCGCGUCUUGCAAACAAUCUCUUCAAGAGGAUUCGUCGGAUAUCUCCGAGUCAUGUGAAAGCUUAGCCGAAAAAUCCGAUGAAGGUCAAUGGAAUUGUGACACUUACCAGGAUUUUAUGACAAAGACAUUGUCAAACGCUUGGACUCCGAAACCCCGUGCAAAAAGUAAAUACACCAUGUGGAUAGAAAUGAGGAAACGUUUGAAAUUGUCUAUGUCCGAGAGGGAAGGUCGCUGUAACAGCGAGCAAUCCUUCCAAGAUUGCGGAUGUUCUUCCGGACACAAUACAAGUAGUUGUCCUCUUCCUAGAACUCCGGACGACUCUGAAGUAGCUUGCAACGGUACAUGUUGUAAGCAUGGUGCAGAUCGUCACGAUCUACAGUCAUGUGAUGAACUUAUUCAUUCCAAUUCUAGCAUCUCGUUAUUGAAGAAGAAUGGCGGCGGUUUGACACUUGUACAAAUGUUAGAGGAUUCCUACUUACGCGAUGACGAUGACGAUGAUGACGAGGAGAGUCAUAUUCCAGCGGAAGAAGUAUUGGAGUUUAAAUCGCGGAUGUGUCAAGUCACGGAAAAACGACAGGAACUUCGGCAAACACUUAGAGAACGUUUUGCUGUCUUGUGCAGACAUAUGAAACCAUUUACAAUGCAUCAAUAAGAAUGUCUGAUUCAGAGAAUCUUUGCAACACGAUGUAGAAUACGAUACAAUAAUCGAUACAGUUUCUUAUUUCUUUUACAUUGAUUUACUGCCGAGUGUGAUAAACAUAUUUUUGAAAAUUGUUAUCGCCCGAGUUAUCGUGAAAAAGAAUAUUGGAAAUCUGCAUUGCUCAGAAAAAAGACAGACGAUAAUACAGUAUAAUUUACCUGAAACAAAGACUUUUGUCUCGAAAUAAAGAGACAUACCAAAAACAAAAAAGAAGCAAUGUUUUAUGAAACUUUCAUGCAUUAUUUCCAAUAAACGAAAAGACAAAUCUUAGAUUAUAGAAAAUGCAUUGGACUACAUCUAUUUCGAAUGAGUAAGAGGUUGCGAAAUGCAAUGCGAACAGAAAUACUGUAAGACUUCUACAUAACACACAAAUCGAAUUGUAUGGAUCAGUACAAUUUUAGAGCGGGUGUAGCUAUUUUAUACGAGCAUGCCUUGGCCACGGUAUGGCAAAUUUGAUUUCAUUGCAUGCAGUACGAACGCAAGUUAUUACAGACACAAAUUUCAGAUUAUUAACGGAAUACUUGAAGAGUACUGUAUUUUUCCGAAAACCUUAAGUUAUAUCACGAUGUAAGAAAACAAAAUGUACUAUUUUCGAGGAUACACAGAAAAAGAGUGGAUCAAAGUAGCGUCUGCUCCUUGACCAAUUAAAGUUUGCCCACAAAUACUAAAAAACAAUAUGAUUUCUUCCAUGUAUGCCUGUUAAAGAACGAGUUAGAUUAUAUUAACCUCGUAAAAUAUUGUUGAAUAUUCAUUAAUUUGUAAAAAAAGAUGAAAAUAUCUAUUUAUGAUUUGAGUAUUAUAUAGGUAAGUUAUAAAAAUGUUAAUCGACUGUUAAACAUGAAACUAAUAUAAAACUGUGACGACUGUUAAUUUUUACACAUUUUCUAUUUGCAGAAAGGAUGUCAUCAUGUUAUGUAAAACACCAUUAAUUGCACGUUUUAAAAAUUACACAGUUUCUUAAAGCAGUAUUUACAGUCUAAUCUUAGUACCGUGUUUGAGCCUUGCGCAACAUUUGUGGACAAAAUUAAUUGGCUAUGCUCCAUUCAGUUGUCAUUAUGUACAAUGAUUUAUUUUGUUUUCUUACAUCAUGAGUUACGUGAUCAUGGAUUUAUGAGAACUUGUGUUCGUAUUUGUAAGAGUAGAAGCGCAUAAUUGAAGAGAUUGUCAGAACUAUAUAUAAAAUGAAUGUUGCAUUCCAUUAUAUAUAUGUAUAAUACAUAUAUUUUAUUAUUCCAAAUGUACACAUCCACUCCGUGUAAUUACAUUACAUACACACACAUACACAUUGUAAGAUCAUUCUAUAAAAUGGAUGUUUGUCGUAAAAUGCUAUUUACAUAUUGUAUGUUGUAUAAAAAAUAUUUAAGCCACUAUUCAUUGAUA